AAAAGCCUGUACGGGAACAUGAUUGGGUGGAGAGAGAAAACCCAUGGAAAUAAAAAACAAAGGAAUGGAGGUACUUGCAUGUGUUCGGUACACAGGAAAGAUUCCAGGAAACAGAGCCGACCGUUACAUGCUAGCCGUUAUAUGCUCCCUUUCACCAUCUCUAUAUAAACAUGCAUCAUAUGCAACAUACAUCUGGGCAUACACAUAACAAAUUUGGUUCUCACUCCUGGGCAUACACAUCACAUAUUUAGCAUAUUUUCAUUGACAACAGAUGAAUUCAAGCUACCGAAGGCGUUCAGAAAAUGAAGAUGAGUUUCUUUUCCUCAUACUCCCUGAAGUAGAAGGCAGUACCUCUUCCCAAUCAUCCCAAAAGAAACCAAUACAUACAUCCAUCCUCACUGGAGCUACAUACAUACAUGAAACUCUUACCGGCCAUGAGGUCUUAUGCCAAAGACGUUUCCAUAUGGAGAGAGAGAUUUUCCAGGCUUUGGUUCAGAAGUUGCGUGAGAAGUGCAAGCUUGAAGAUGGAACAUAUGUAUCUGUGGAAGAGCAAGUAGGUAUGUUCUUGUACACAGUUUCAAAGAAUGCAAGCAACCGAACAGUGCAAGAUAGAUUUGAGCGCAGUGGAUCAACAGUUAGUUAUUACUUUCACAUUGUGCUCAAUGCAAUUACAUCUCUGGCAUGCAACUACAUACGGAUGCCUUCUCUGCACCCACAUCGGAUAUUAAGGCAGCAAAAGUUUUCAUACUUUCAGAACUGUAUCGGAGCUAUCGAUGGUACUCACUUUCCCAUGACAAUUCCAGAUGGACAACAAGAUCCAUACAGAAAUAGAAAACAAGGUCUUUCACAAAAUGCAAUGGUUGCAUGUGACUUUGAUCUAAAAUUUGUGUGGGUACAUCCUGGUUGGGAGGGCUCUGCAUCAGAUGCAAGAGUUCUACAAGAUGCACUUAAUCAUGGAUUUAGUGUACCCCCUGGUAAAUUCUAUCUUGUGGAUGCCGGAUAUGCAAACACACCUCAAUUCCUUGCUCCAUAUAGGGGAACUAGAUACCAUUUGCAAGAACAAGGAAGAGCCCGACAAAAGCCACAAUCCUACCAAGAACUAUUCAACCUUCGCCAUGCUCAACUUCGAAAUCAUAUUGAGAGAAUCAUUGGCAUAUUAAAGAAGAGGUAUGCCAUAUUGAAGGCUGCUACAUCAUAUGAUAUUAACACCCAGGUUGAUAUUUCUAUGGCUUGUUGUAUACUGCACAAUUUCAUACGACUACAUAAUGGAGACAUGACAUUGCCUGAAAGAUGUACUGAAGAUAUCGAUGAAAGUAAUAUGGAGGCUGUACCAGACGGAGAUACUCAAUACAAUGUUGAUGUGCCUGCAUUUAACAGCCUGCGGAAAGCUGGAAAUGCUAUGCGAGAUGCCAUGGCAAAAGCAAUGUGGGACGACUACAUUGCAAGAAGAUGAUUUAUAUUGUACUAAAUGUGAUUCAAUCUAUGUAUGUAACCGAAACAAUCUGGUUUGUACUGAAUUACUUAUAUUCAUUCAGAAGGACAUGUAAUAAAGUUCCAUUUAACAUUA